AUGGCGGAGGAGAAGGAGUUGAAGACGUGGGUGUCGGAUCAGCUGUAUCAAAUCCUCGGCUACUCCGAGUCCAGCCUCGUUACCUUCGUUAUCGCGUUAGCUAAGAGAUCGUCCAGCGUGAGCGCUCUCACAUCCAGCCUCUCGUCCAAUGGCCUUCCGGCGUCGCCUGCCACGUCAGCCUUCGCCAGCCAGCUGGCCUCGAGAAUACCGAGCGCCAAGAAAGGCCCUUCAGCAUACAAGACGGAAGAGAAAGCAGCCAUAGAGUUUGCUCGCCGGCAGCAGCAGUACGCUCUGCUAGACGCGGAUGAUGACGAGGAGGAGGAGGAGCGGGAGAGGGAGAGGCAGAGGGGGAGGGAACGGGAGGAGAGGGAGAGGAAGGAGGAAGAGAGGGAGAGGGAUGGGCGAGGGGGGCCGGGGGUGGGGGAGGGAGGGAAGGAGGGGAAGAAGAGGAGGCAGUUGAGGAGGAGGAGAGAUGAGAUGGACGGCGGGGAUGAUGCGGAUGAUGAUGCCACUGCUCAGGUGGCAUUGGAGAGGCAGAGGGAGGCGGAGAGGGAGCGGGAUCAGCUGGAGAGGGAGGAGUUUGAGGAGCGCCUCAAGCAGCGAGAUGAGGAGCGCACCAAGUUGCGAGGUGACUCAAAGCUGGAGAGGGAGGAGUUUGAGGAGCGCCUCAAGCAGCGAGAUGAGGAGCGCACCAAGUUGCGAGGUGACUCAAAGCUGGAGAGGGAGGAGUUUGAGGAGCGCCUCAAGCAGCGCGAUGAGGAGCGCACCAAGAUCCACCCUCCCUUUCUCCUUCGCCCCCGCUUCCCGAAUCUCCCCUGCCUGUUCUUCCAUCUCCUUCGCUUCCUCUGCCUGCUCUUCCCCUCCCUUCUCUCCCCUUGCCUGCCAUACUGUAUAAUGUCGUGCGUGCACAACCCAUCAGAGGCGCUAAGGAGGAGGGAGGAGGCGGAGCAGCAGCGGGAGCUGAUGCCGAGCCUGAGGGAGAUCUCACGGCAGGAGUAUCUGUCCAAGCGAGAAGCCAAGAAGCUGCAGGAGCUCGAGUAA